GCUGUAACUAUAUAAUAAAGAGGAAGACAGACAGAAACGGACAGAAGCAGAAAUGUCUGAUCAGUGUGAUCUGUGUCUGCUGGGACUGAUCAUUCUCUCUUCACUUCUCACAGGCACCAGUGGAGUGGAUCAUGUGUUCAUCAGUUCUGGUGGAAAUGUCCGUCUGUCCUGUAAUAAUGCUCUUUCUGACUGCAAAUCAACUACAUGGACCUACACUAACAGCUUCAGAUAUUCAGCAGCAGUUGCACUGAUUGAGUUAGGGAUAAAGAAUAAAGACACAGAGAGACAUGAGAGACUGAGUCUGGAGUCUGACUGCUCUCUGAACAUCAAGAACGCCACAGAAGAAGAUUAUGGAUUAUACACCUGCAGACAAUUUGUGAACGAACAACAAGGAACUGAUGCACGUGUUUAUCUGAAUGUUCUUCAUGUUUCAGUGUCUCCAUCAUCAUCAUCUUCAUCAUCAUCUUCAUCCUCUCAGACUGAGAUCAGUCCAGGCCGCUCUGUGACUCUCUCCUGUCAGUUGUAUAAAUAUAUGAGAUACUCCUGUAAUGAUCGGGUUCGUUCUGAUGGAGUUGAGCUGUUGUGGGUGAAUCAGGCUGGUGUUGAUCUGAAGACAGACUCCAGAUAUCAGAUAUCAUCAUCAUCACCACCAUCAUCAUCAUCAUCAUCAUCAUCUCAAUAUCCUUGUUUCAUCACUCUGACUACAACACUCCUGAAUGAAGAUAACAACAGAGAGUGGAGAUGUCAGCUUACUCUCAGAAAUCAACUCCAGACGUCAGUCACAUACACUGUCAAGUAUUCAGGUGAUGUGUGUGAACAUUCAUCUUCUGCAGCUCCAGUCUCUUCAUCAACACUGACUCCAGACACCACAACAAACUCUCUGAAUCCAGUUGUAACUACAACUACAUCAACUACAGUAACAGGACCUCCCACAGCAAAAUCUCUGAAUCCAGGGCUUGUGGCUGUGAUUGUGAUUGUUGCCGCUUCAUUCGCUCUGGCUCUUAUUCUCUGGGUGAUUCGUAAAAAAAGAGCAGGCAACAGAAGAGGGACUGGUGACUCUGUGGAGCAGACAGAUGACGUGACUUAUACUGAAGUCGCUGCGUACAGUAAAAAAUGAAGCAAAAAGAACAAGGUUCGCUGUGAUGAUAGAGUGACGUAUGCUUCCAUCAGAGGAGCAAAAGCUGGAGCUCAGGAGAACUGCACUGAACUUUAUGCCUCUGUGAACAAGAACACACCAGUCAAAUAAUUAUACAAAACACACAUCAGCAGAGGAAUAUCAAUCUAAUAUAACUCA